AUGGAGUUUCCAUCAGGAAAGCCGGAAAGAUUUAACGAAAUAAACAAAAACCUUCAUGUCCUUGUCAAGCAUCGCAACGUUACCGCCGUUCAAGCCUCUUUCAAAAUUAUAAAUUCAAAGCAGACAAAGCAGCCUUGUAUUGCAAUUUAUGUUCUUGGUAAAGGUUCCAUCCCUGUCGGUGAGAUUGAGUUGCCACGCACGCUUGGUGGUUACGAUGUCGAUGUUGUGGAUGGAUUUUGGUUUAGAACGGAUGAGAAUGAUCCCUGGAGAUCAAAAGAGGGACAGGAGCAGUGCGAGGUCCUUUGCCUAGGAGCAAGCAUUGGUAUACAAGGAGAAGAAGGGUGCGGAACCUUAGGCGCCAUUGUGGAAGGCGAUGGAAAUUUUUAUGCCCUUUCCUGUGAUCACGUAAUGAAACACCCUCAAAAAUUAGAGAUAAUUCACCCUGCUGCGGAUGACUAUCUGAACUAUUUAAACUACCACUUAAAGCAAUGUGGGAAGCAGAUACAGUACAUUAUUAAACGUGAGCAGUGCUUUAUCCUAGACUCCCAGUUUUCAUUUGGCAUUUUUAAAGAGUUAAAAAUGUUAGAGACAAAAUUUCAACAAUUAAAAUCUAUCAAGGAAGACCACUACGACCAAGAUUGA